AUGAUCAAUGCUUUUCGCAAGCAUGGAAUGAAAGUGACCUGGGUCAACUGGGGCCUUACAAACUAUGAUCUGCUCACCAUCCCGCCAGCUUUCAAGUCAGGCUUCUCUGGCGGCUCGGAUCUGGCCAAUGAGACUUUUGGCUCUGACAUGGGUACUAUUCAAGAAAAUGGAACUACUAUCGAGGUGGGCCAGAAGCUCAUGCGUGGAGCUUGGAAUGCUGAACCUUGGGGUGUUUUAGGGACUAUGAAGGACGAAGGCCUCGCUGCUGGUACAGACUUCCUCUUCCACAAGAAUCGCCUCAGUGGUCUUUGGGGACCUCAGACUCCGUAUGGGCAGUGGUUACAAGAGAACGAGAUUACGACAAUCUUCUUCGGCGGCGUUAACGCUGACCAAUGUGUCUGGAGCACUUUUAUUGACGCAUACUUCAAAGGCAAAGCUCCCAGUCCCGUAUCUCAUCUUGAAGAGACCAGUCUAAUAAUACUUGCAUAUCUAGGCUAUGAUGUCGUCUAUGUCGAUGAUAUCAGUGCGACGACUAGUCCAGAAUAUGCUAGUGACAUGGUCCGUUACAAUGCUAACGGGGACGGGAAUAGCACUUCGAUCAUUGCUGCAUUAGACUCGUCCGCUUGCAAGACGAACUCUACAUAG